AUGAAUUUCACACCAACUUUCCACCAACUGUGCUCUAGCGAUUUUCUCUCCGAUGCUUGGAUUCAGUCUAUGUCAUGGAUUGAAUACCUAUACAUUGGUGCUCCUAUAUACUCUUGGUUUGGUUUCAGUAGUCGACAUUUCCGUUUGCUGUCAACUCUUUGUCAAUUAAGUAACGAUACCGUCAAACAUGCUAUUGACAACUUUGGCAUACAAAAAUUAGCUACGAUCGACGUCAUCACAGAAGCUAAUUUUACCGCGCAAUUAAAUAGUACACUCAACCAAUUUCAACAAACGCUUGCGAUCAACUUUAACCUUCUCAUUAAUAGCAUCCAACUUCUCAUGCAGACGGACCAACCAUAUACACGAAGCGAUAAUGCACUAUUAGUCGCUCCUCCCACACAAAGUCAGGCAGUCACCGAUCAAUUCUUUGAGCUUGAAUUUAAUCUCACGGGUCCAGCAAACAUAAAAACAAAAGCAAUCGAUUGUAUCUGUGCUACUGAUACAGACUGUCAGACACCGGUGGUAGAUCCGAUAAAUCAAACGAACCGUUGGCAGAUUAAUGCAAACUUACUUGUUUACAAUUCGUCAUCCAGUCGUUUUCCUCCGAAUACAUCAAUUUCGAUGAUUUUGAAAGAACUAAUGGUAGAACAAUGGAAUCCAUUUAUUUCUUUUGAACGAUAUUAUGAAGCAUGUGCACCUAGCAAAUGUGCUUAUUCCCAAACAGUACAUGAGCGUAGUUUCAUUCAAAAAGUUUUACUGAUCAUGUCAUUGAUCGGUGGUCUUACUGCUGCUUUACGCCUAAUAACACCACGGCUAAUUAAAAUCGUUCUCACUUUGGGCAGACGAAGAGUUCCAAGACAGACCAAUCCACAGCAACAACAACAACCUUCUCAAAAAUUAGUCGAUCGAUUCAAAAUGACUCUUUACAAUCUGGUCACACUAUUCUACAGUACUUUAACUACUCUAAACAUCUUUCCUCUACGAACGUUUGGUAGUCGUAUUGAUCGAAGAAAAGCAAAACAUUUUGGUCGAUUAUCAACCCGUCUCUACAUUAUCUCUCUGACGACCACUGUGAUUAUUUUGGCUAUCUAUGGUGUAACUCAGCCACAGACAGUAACAAAAAUUUUCGACAAACCAAAUAUCGAGAAGUACAAUGCUCUGUUUCAAAUUUAUCGAGAUAAAUUGCACUGUUCCUGCUCAAGUAUUUCAACAACAUAUGGUCAUCUCAUCCAAAUCGAACCAGUUUAUCAUCAAAUAUGCUCAAGUGUAUUUACUUCACAAGAAUGGCGCGCUAAUAUUACUCGGAAUCUUCUUCCUGAUCUUUCGAUUUAUCUUAUCAAAGAUUAUCGUCGCUUUCUUUCGUCCCAUUUACAUUUCCUUUCGGAAUUAUGUAACCUGGCCACGUCAUCAAUGAAUAAUACCAUUGAUCAACUUCUUUCAUCGUUUCUUAUAACGAAUGAACUCUUACCAUACGAUGAACUAGAGACACGUGUUGAAUUACUCACCAAUCAAGUUCGAGCAAAUGCUCCGAUAAACUUUCGAAAUCGUCUUUUUCUACUUCGAACUGUCAGCCAUGCUACUCCGAUCAUUUCAGUCUAUGGAACUAACUUUCGUUUCAUCGCUCCGUGGUUAAAUGUUACCAGUGGUGCAGCAAUCACUUAUGCCUUNGAAAAUUUGGGAGAUUUGCAGAUUAAUGCAAACUUACUUGUUUACAACUCGUCAUCCAGUCGUUUUCCUCCGAAUACAUCAAUUUCGAUGAUUUUGAAAGAACUAAUGGUAGAACAAUGGAAUCCAUUUAUUUCUUUUGAACAAUAUUAUGAAGCAUGUGCACCUAGCAAAUGUGCUUAUUCCCAAACAGUACAUGAGCAUAGUUUCAUUCAAAAAGUUUUACUGAUCAUGUCAUUGAUCGGUGGUCUUACUGCUGCUUUACGCCUAAUAACACCACGGCUAAUUAAAAUCGUUCUCACUUUGGGCAGACGAAGAGUUCCAAGACAGACCAAUCCACAGCAACAACAACAACCUUCUCAAAUAUUAGUCGAUCGACUCAAAAUGACUCUUUACAAUCUGGUCAUACUAUUCUACAGUACUCUAAUUACUCUAAACAUCUUUCCUCUACGAACGUUUGGUAGUCGUAUUGGUCGAAGAAAAGCAAAACAUUUUGGUCGAUUAUCAACUCGUCUCUAUAUUAUCUCGUUGACGACCAGUGUGAUUAUUUUGGCUGUCUAUAGUGUAACUCAGCCACAGACAGUAACAAAAGUUUUUGAGAAACCAAAGAUCGAGAAGUACAAUGCUUUGUUCCAAAUUUAUCGAGAUAAAUUGCACUGUUCCUGCUCAAGUAUUUCAACAACGUAUGAUCAUCUCAUCCAAAUAGAACCGGUUUAUCAUCAAAUAUGCUCAAGUAUAUUUACUUCACAAGAAUGGCGCUUUAAUAUUACUCGGAAUCUCCUUCCUGAUCUUUCGAUUUAUCUUAUCAAAGAUUAUCGUCGCUUCCUUUCGGCCCAUUUACAUUUCCUUUCGGAAUUAUGUAACCUGGCCACGUCAUCGAUGAAUAAUACCAUUGAUCAACUUCUUUCAUCGUUUCUUAUAACGAAUGAACUCUUACCAUACGAUGAACUAGAGACACGUGUUGAAUUACUCAUCAAUCAAGUUCGAGCAAAUGCUCCGAUAAACUUUCGAAAUCGUCUUUUUCUACUUCGAACUGUCAGCCAUGCUACUCCGAUCAUUUCAGUCUAUGGAACUAACUUUCGUUUCAUCGCUCCGNCAUCGAUGAAUAAUACCAUUGAUCAACUUCUUUCAUCGUUUCUUAUAACGAAUGAACUCUUACCAUACGAUGAACUAGAGACACGUGUUGAAUUACUCAUCAAUCAAGUUCGAGCAAAUGCUCCGAUAAACUUUCGAAAUCGUCUUUUUCUACUUCGAACUGUCAGCCAUGCUACUCCGAUCAUUUCAGUCUAUGGAACUAACUUUCGUUUCAUCGCUCCGUGGUUAAAUGUUACCAGUGGUGCAGCAAUCACUUAUGCCUUGACUUAUGAUCAUAAUUGUUCAUGCGCAUUGGAUAUGACAUGUACCACUCAAGCUGGAUUUUUCUCACAAAAUGCAUCAGUUUUUGUGCCAAUCAAAGGUUUGAAAAUGGGUUGUACACCCAGUGAAGCAUUGCUAGCGUCGACAUUAGAAUGCUUCUAUGAUCCAGCAUGUAUCAAGCUCUUCUUUGACUAUAUUACUAGCACGGACAGCUCUGUAAACACCACUAAUCACUUAUCACUUUCUACUAAUAGCAGUCAUCCGCCAAUCAAUUCAACAGUGAUGGAUCUUAUCAAUGAUCUCUUCAUUGAAAAUUUAUCAACAUUAAUCGACUAUUCUUCAUAUUUUACUCAAUGUUCACCUUUCUCGUGUUCAUACUCUUAUGAAGAACAGAUUAGCUUUGCCUAUACGAUAGCUUUGUUACUUAGUCUCUAUGGUGGAUUGACAUUCAUUUUCAAGGCAAUAUGUCCUAAACUAGUCGUGCUGUUCGAUAAAGUGUUCCGAUAUGUGAAAAAACGAAAAAAUACUGUUCAUUCGGAUCAGUCCAACACUGUGACAAAUUGCAAAAAGAUCGCUACUGAAGUAUAUACAACUGACACUCAUGAUAUCGUCAUGGAUUCAGAUAGACUAGCUACAAAUUCAUCAAAUACAAUGUCUCUUUCUUCGAGAAUGCAUCACUUCUUCGUCGUAGGAAUGAUAUUAUUCAUAGUGAUGGUCAUUGUUUUAAUUCUCGUAUCUAUUUACUUAAAUCGUUUGGCGAAACAAGGCGAUGCAACAAUUACAAUGCCAUCAACCCUAAGUACACUAUUCACAGCAUCGAGUAUAAUCACUUCAUCAACAGCAGGUUUGUACAAUAAUUGCGUUUUAGAACAUCAAAAAUCGCUUUGUCCAGCAGCAUUUCAUUUAUCAUCAACAUAUUCGGCUGAAGCUGAUUCUUUUCGAUCAAGCCUUGUGAUCGAUGAUUUCGAUAGGGAUGGCUAUUCAGAUCUUGUUUUUACUAGCCAAGCACGUGAAAAUAUCAGUAUCUUAUUAGGUAAUAAUGAUGGAAGUUUUAGAGUACAAACACCGUAUUUGCUCAGACCAAGUGCCCUACCAGAAAGGGUAGUUGUUGGAGAUUUUAAUGGAGAUACCUAUGCAGAUUUUGUUGUCAUAGAUUACUUCAAUUUUAUUGAUGUUUCUCUUGGCAAUGGAAACGGAACUUUUCAUACNGCUACAAAUUCAUCAAAUACAAUGUCUCUUUCUUCGAGAACGCAUCACUUCUUCGUCGUAGGAAUGAUAUUAUUCAUAGUGAUGGUCAUUGUUUUAAUUCUCGUAUCUAUUUACUUAAAUCGUUUGGCGAAACAAGGCGAUGCAACAAUUACAAUGCCCUCAACCCUAAGUACACUAUUCACAACAUCGAGUAUAGUCACUUCAUCAACAGCAGAAUCGCUUUGUCCAGCAGCAUUUCAUUUAUCAUCAACAUAUUCGGCUGAAGCUGAUUCGUUUCGAUCAAGCCUUGUGAUCGAUGAUUUCGAUAGGGAUGGCUAUUCAGAUCUUGUUUUUACUAGCCAAGCACGUGAAAAUGUCAGUAUCUUAUUAGGUAAUAAUGAUGGAAGUUUUAGAGUACAAACACCGUAUUUGCUCAGACCAAGUACCCUACCAGAAAGGGUAGUUGUUGGAGAUUUUAAUGGAGAUACCUAUGCAGAUUUUGUUGUCAUAGAUUACUUCAAUUUUAUUGAUGUUUCUCUUGGCAAUGGAAACGGAACUUUUCAUACUCGAAUCACAUCAUCGAUCACAUAUAUUUCGUCUCUGCUCGCUGCUGUUGCUAUUGAUAUAGAUGGCGAUGGCAAUUUAGAUCUCGCUAUUGGCGGUUGCGGUUUGUGUGUAAGGUUUGGCGAUGGUACAGGUGGCUUUAGUGCAUCAAUAGUGAUUCUUGACUGUAGUAUCAUAUCCGUAGACUGGAUGGUUGCCGGCGAUUUUAACAAUGAUAAUCAAGUCGAUAUAGCUGCAUUAGAUUCUUACCGUGUGUGUAUAACAAUCUUACUAAAUAAUGGUGCUGGAAGUUUCAUUCUAUUCAAUAGAUUGUUCAUUGAACUUCACUCUUCUCUGAGUGCAUUAGUUGCAGCUGAUUUUGACAAUGACAAUCGUUUGGAUUUGGCUCUUGUCAAUACCGACAGGAAUACUAUCGGUAUCUUUUUUCAGAAUAGCAAUGGAACAUUCAGAUCACAAAUUAAUUAUUCCACUGGAGUAUACACUUACCCUACUUCAAUAGCAGCAGCUGAUUUCAACAAUGAUGGUCAAAUAGAUCUAGCAGUCACUAAUAAUUAUAUGCGAAAUAUAGGUAUUUGGCUUGGAUCUCGUGAUGGAACAUUCUCUCCACCAACAAUAUUUUCCACAGGCACCAACAGCACACCAACAAGACUUAUUACAGGUGACCUCAACAACGAUGAAAAAGCAGAUUUGGUUGUCGUGGAUGAAGCGAACGAUGCUAUACUUAUUUUCAUCAAUACAAAUGUCUGCUGA